UCUUACAACCGCUAGCUGCGCAAAAGCGGAGCUUUGCCGAUUUGCUAACGUGGGCCUUACAGGAGCCGCUGAACUGCAUCCAGCAUCCCUGCGCCUCACAUUCUUGCGACGGUACAGCUGUGCGCUAUUUCUGCGGCCUCCGACGCCCACCUCUCCACUCCCCUCGGGCCCGCUGCACGCCAUCGCCACCUGCACGCCGUCGCCGCGCGCCGAAGCAAACAACGCGCUCGCCGCGCACAAUUAACAAAACAAGCAGUCAUGGAAUGCGUGCGCCGCUCGGUGCCCAACGACAAUUCCUGCCUCUUUUACGCCGUCGCCUACUUGGUUGACGGCCCCGACGCCGUCUCGGACGCGACGCAGAAGGAGCUGCGCCGCGUCUGCGCCGAGGCAGCGACGGCCGACCCGGACCCCGAGGCGCGCGCGGUCUUGCUGGGCUCGCCCGUCGACGAGUACGCCGAAUGGAUCCAGAAGCCGCACAACUGGGGCGGCGAGCACGAAAUCAUCGCGCUCGCGAACCAUUUCCGGCGGUGCAUUUGUGUCGUGUCGGCGGACGCGACCCUGAACUAUGGAGACAAAGGUCCCACGAUCUACGUCCUGUACACGGGGACGCACUACGACCCGCUCGUGGGGCUGAGCGACGGCGCCGAGACGCCGCAGUUCCUCGACGGCGCGGGCGCGGCGUUCGAGGCCGCGGCGCGGGACAUCGCCGUGCGGCACCGCGAGAAGGUCGCGCGGCGCGACGCGUCGGAGAAGAUCUACCGCAUCCGGUGCUGCGGCUGCGGCGCGAAGCUCGUCGACUCCGACGCGUUCCAGGCGCACUGCGGCGAGGUCGAGCACGGCGACGACUUCGCGUACGAGUGCGAGGACAUCUUCGAGGCGACGUACGAUGAAGAAGCGUAAUUUUGUUGUUGUUUUC